GAAUGGAGCAUAUUAGGAGGGGGCUGGUUCGACUCUUGGCGAAGAGGUGGAGCAGUGCAACGCCUUCCUCUCGAGGAUUGCUGUUACGACAAAGCACAUGUCAAAAGCGGGACGCAUUGACAUGCUGACAAUCAUGGCCAUGCGCUGUAACCAAAAGUUUGACAACUUGGCUUCUACCCUUGCCCGCCGAUAUCGGAAGGCCACAAUAGCCCUGCAAUGCCAGUUGCAUAACCUGGAGGCCAUGAAAACAGAAAUGGACGUCUCCGACAAUCAACUGGAGAGGUGGAUCAUUGAUAUCAAUGAGUGGGCAGAAGCAACAACAUCCCCAAAUGAUGCUGAUGUUGCCAGCCGAAUUGAGGAGCUGGUGGCAAGUGUUAAGAGGAAGUCCCAGCGUCUUUACAAGGAUAGUGACGGAUCGGAUGCAAAGGACGUGCCCGAAUCCGCCGAAAGAUCAGGGAGGAAAAAAAAAAUCUUAGAUUUUGUAGUGGAAAAAUAUAACACCUUGGUUCCUAAUGCUGAAAAACUGACAUUGGACACCAUUCUAUGUGACGAGAUUGUUUGGCCAUGGCAGCUUACCCACGGUGACUCUGUAGAUCUAAGGACAAAGAGGAAGGCGUUCGACAUUGUGAUGGCAGUAAGGAGACUUGAGGAGGAGAAGAGGAUUCUUAUUGCAGAGAUGAACAAGCAUUGGAAGUCCCUUUGCUCCCGUGCAGACACCCUGAAGCAGAUGUCAUCCCAGCUUGCUAAUGUGACAUCAGGUGAAACGUGGGGCCUGCUUCAAGAUGGUAUCCGAGGUCUAAAGAGCUUGACAUUGAAGAACAAGCAAGCAACAGCCUGGCAAAGCAUGCAAAGAAAUUUUAUGUUCAAGUUCUGACUGAAACAGAAAUUAACUUUGAUAGUCAUUCUGAGGAAUACGAUACCAGUAGUGACUCUGAGCAAGAUUAAACAUGGCCAGAGUCCUUUUUUCUGCUGUUGUGUGCUGGGGAGGGCCGCUGGGACAGGUUGGUAAGGAAAGCUGGUUCUGUGUUUGGCAUGGAGCUGGAGUUAAGUAGCAGUCUUCUGUCAUGCUCAACAUUGAGGAGGUCCUUUGUCCCCAGGGCAAACCAGCAACUCAAUUUCACAGAAAAGGUUAGGGGAGAAAUUGACUUUUCAGCAUGAGUCUCACCCUGCGCUAACCAUUACAUCACUUUGUCU